AUGGCGACAGAUCCUACGAGAGUGGCCAUCGUCGGCGCGGGAACGAUCGGUCUAUCUUUUGCGGCGCUACAUCUCACGAAAGACCCCCAUUGCGAAGUCAUCAUCCACGACACGAGGCCCGAUCUACAGGAAUACGUUUCGUCGCACCUUCCUGGAUAUCUCCUCGAUGUCGACAGGGAGGCUUGCACGAGGCGGCUGUCAUUCGCUUCGGAGGUCGAAGAGGCAGUGAAAGAGGCAAGCAUUGUACAGGAGCAAGGACCGGAGAAUGCAUCGUUCAAGAUCAAGAUAUGGCCGGAGAUCGAACAAUAUGCACCCAAAGAUGCGCUUUUCUGGUCGAGUACCUCGGGCAUACCGGCAAGUGAGCAGAGCAAAGGCAUGAAGGACAAGAGCCGCCUCGUGGUGGUCCAUCCAUACAACCCACCACAUAUCAUGCCUCUGCUUGAGGUAGUCCGCUCCCCGGAUACCUCUGACGAUGUGGUCGAACGCACCUUAGCUUUCUGGAGAAGACUCGGACGGACACCAGUGGUAGUGCAGAAAGAAUGCACAGGCUUCGUCGCCAAUCGACUCGCAUUCGCCCUCUUCCGAGAGGCCUGCAGCCUGGUCACCCAAGGUGUUGUUGGCGUGGAAGACCUCGACGAGAUCGUGCGGGCAUCGAUGGGUCCAAGAUGGACCGUAGCUGGCCCGUUCAAGGCAUAUCAUGCUGGGGGUGGAGAAGGAGGCCUGAAGAGCUUCAUGGAGAAGAUUGGUGGAACCGUGCAGGAUUGCUGGGAGGCAAGCGAUGCUGAUGUUCAGAAAGGAAAUAUACGAGUCGGAGAGGAUUGGCAAGAGGAGGUCUGCAGGCAAACCCAGAAGGCUUAUUGUGUUACUGAUACCGCGGAGCGAGACCAAAAGACAAGAAAGGUUCUGAAUGCCGUGAAGGAGUAA